UUGUAUUUCUUGUGAAAUUUUUCUUUAAUGCAUAGUACAUGCAAUGAUAAGACUUCAUUUAUUAAGAAAUGUCGAGCAAUUCUGCGUAAGGACCAGCGCUUGAUGAAAAUAAAGAAAUUUGCAAGUUGAAAAUUAGCACGAUUCUCCAUGUAAUGUUAUGAAAAUGUAAGAUACAGUCACACGGAAGACUUCAAAGUUUUUCUAAUAGAGACGUAUUCUUUGUUUAUGGUUAUUUCAAUUUAGAAAUGACAUUGAUUAACACUACCGUUUCAGUAACAAUCCUUUCAUUGCCAAAGAGGACACACUUAAGAUCUAUGUUUAUUAAACAUAACAAAAAGCGCCCAUAAUGCAUUUUCCAAUUUAGCAAGCGUAUCAUUAAUUAUGAAAUGAGAUAUGUUUAAAACCAUUGAAAAGAUACUGGGCGGAUAUCUUCAAAGAAGAGCGGAGAAUGAAGAAGGACCUUUGGGAUUUCUUCAAUACAGUUUAUAUACAGUAGCAGCAACAGGUGGCAGUGUAUCUUUUACAAUUCGAAUACAUUUUGCGUGAUGCCAUUAGAGGUAUACCUUAGUGGCACUUUGGUUAUUGCGGGGUAUGCAGAAAGCUAACGACAGCAAAUGUUUAGUUCAAAACCAAAGGUGGGAAUGUAAACAGCACAACAGAUUGUUCAAUAUGCCUUGGGUGUCUGUCAUAACCAACCCAUUCUCUUUGGUGACGAUGGUUAUCCUUGAUUGUCUGCUUGGUGCGUCGGCAGAAGCAUUCACAUUUGCAAUACUUGCAAGUAACUCCAGUCGCUCGAAAGUUGCAGCAAACCAAUCAGUAAUUGAUCUUAACACAGCGUAUUCAAACAUGACAUUCAAGCUGGAUAUCUACGACCCUUUGGAGAAAAAAGUAGAUCUACUAGAUCUGGGUUCGCAACUUUUACAACGGAACACUUCCAUUCUGGUCCGAGUUUCUGGCAAAGAAAGGACAGCGAUUUUUGUAUCAGAUGUGUUGAGAACGCAAACUGUUGAAACGUGGAAACGCAGCCAAACAUCUUGGACAGCACUAAGCAAUUCUAUCUCGAUGGUAGCCAGUAUGAAAGAGAACAGUGAAGUUAUUGUAAAAAUUGUGAAGAGGCUACAGUUGUUGUCUGUCAGUAUCAUUUACCAAAAUUCAAGAAACCUUGAUAUGGACACGCUCAGCGAAUCAUUAGCAAAAGAAAAUGUUGCUCAACAUUACAUCAGCAUUGAUUGCAAAAGUGAUGGAACAGUGGAGGAGCAUGCAUACGACAGGCUUAAAUCGAUUGUAACAGAAAAAUCAGAUGGUAUUGUUGUCAUUUAUGACGAAGAGAAGCUUCAAAAGCUGUUUGAUUCUUUAAAGAUUGAGUACAUUGGCAUACAGGCUGUUCCCUCCACUUUUAUUAUCUAUGAUCCAAUAGCUGGGACAGCCUUAGAAGUUGGUAGGGCACAUACUGUCAUUGCCUUACAAGUUAGUUUGGAGAAUACAGAAAAGUCGAAUGAUUUUUAUAAUGCUGUUGAAAAGGUACCCUCUGAUGGCAGAUCAAUGACAGAGCAUGCAUUGAUCUAUGAUGCUGUAAUGACAGCUGGAAAUUCCAUCGCUAGACUCAAUUCACGAGGCAAGUGGAACAAAUACAGUGGGACAUUGCUUCAACGAACAGUAACAAGCGCUGCCAACGCUUUAAUUCUUCGCAGCGAGUUGACAAAGUUCAAAAGCUUCGGACUGACAGGGAACUUGGAAUUCGAAAGCAACGGUUUUCGUAAAAAAAUGCCUUUUCAAAUAAUGGGCCUAAAGAAGAAUAAUUUCACAAAGAUUGGAUACAUCGAUGAAAAUGGUGUAGUAUCACUCCUAACAGCACCUCAAACAAACUUUAAUUAUGAAACAUUGCUUAAAGUGAAUGGUCAUUUGAAAGUAGUGACAAUCGAGGAUGCACCUUUCACGAUGAAAGAGACUCUGUCAAAUGGAACAGUCAAAUACCAUGGGUUUUUAAUUGACAUCUUAGAUAAAAUUGCAGAAGAAGCAAAUUUCACUUACACGUUAUAUGAGGUGGCUGAUGGGAAAUAUGGUCACUUGGAGGAUGGCAGGUGGAGAGGAAUUGUUGGUGAUGUCUUAUACAAGAAAGCUGACAUGGCUCUCGGCAUGUUGACAAUAACAUCGGUAAGGCAAGAGGUGGUUCACUUCAACACACCAUUCAUGGAAGUGAGCAUUGGUUUUGUAACGAAAAAAGAGCAAGCAGCUCAUGUUAAUUUGCUUUUGUUCAUGGAACCAUUUAGCGGAGCGGUCUGGGGACUAGUCUUGACGGCUUGCAUUUUUAUUGGGGUCUUCCUUUACUCUAUUGACGCUUGCAGCCCAUAUGGUGGGAAGCAAACUGGAGAAAAAGCUACUGGCAGACCAGGAACAGAAUUUGAUAUUAUGAACAGCAUUUGGUUUUCAGUUGCUUCAAUUCUACUUCAAGGCCCGGAUAACACCCCUAGGUCUUUAUCAGGACGACUGUUGGUUGGUGGAUUCUGGUUCUAUGUGCUGAUACUCACCUCGAGUUACACUGCCAAUCUGGCUGCCUUCUUUACUUCUACAAAAGCUAAGAGUCAGCUACUUGACCUGGAAACAGUCUUGAAAAAUGGACAUCAAUUCACGGUUGUAAAAGACACUGCUCUAGAGCAAUUUCUAUCAAAAUCUGACUACCAAGUUUAUAGUCGUGUUUACGAGCGCAUGGUAGCACUCAAUGACCUAUCCCAUAGUACAGAUGACGCCACGAAAAGAGUGCGAGAGACAAAGAACAUGUACUACCUAGAAGAAAAGCCAUUCAUAAAAUGGAAAAUCAACGAGAAACCAUGUGACCUUGAAUUAACUGACACAUCGCUACCGAAAUCAUCUUUUGGUAUGCCAGUGAGAAAGGACUCUCCUCUCAAGGAUGCUAUUACUCAUGCGAUAUUGAAGGUCACUGAGUCAGGAUAUCUGAAGAAACGAGAGCAGUAUUACACUAGCAAACUGUCGGAAUGCAGUGAUCCUGAGGACGAAUCAAGUUCAAAUGGAAUAACUGCAGAUGGCCGUAUCGAGCCCAUUCAAAUGCUUGGUGCAUAUUCAUUUCUGAUCGGUGGCACCUUUAUUGCCGUUUGUGCCUUACUUGCCGAGAUAUUUUGGAAAAAGAAAGUUGAAGAACGUGCUGCAAAAGCUAAAGCUCGUUUCAAAAAGAGCAUCCAAAAUGUGAGAGCACGAAAGUUUACAGCAGUAACGUUCCAGGGCUUUGCAUCUAGCAUAAACAGACGAACAAGGGUUCAGAAGAAUACACUUCAAAUUGCUGUCAAAGGGUUUAAGGAUGGAAUGCCCGGCUCGAGCAAGUCGUGAAAUAGAUGUCUUUGUUGAUUUUAUUUAAACUGGAACCAGGAAGAAACAGCACAAGAUGGUGUUUGCAGAAAUCUGGAACCAGUUUCUGAUAUCAGAGACAUGCUAAUCAGUGUCAGAGUAAAGCUGAACUUCGUGAAUAAGUGGUAACAGAGGAAAAGUCAGAAAUUGUUUACUAGGAGCAAAUUCUUUUGGAUACUAAACAGCGAUCUGUCGUAUUGCUUUUCUAUUGCAAAGAAGGGAAUAUUUGUUUCCAAAUGCUUAAUUAAAGGUAAUAGCGCUUGAAGGAUCAUCUGCACCAUUUUGUGCUGGUGCUUACUUUCUUUCGAAUAUGGAUUAAGUGCAAGAUCGGUAUCGGCAUUGAUAAGGGUUGUUGGAAAACAUCCAUGGUUCUGUCAUAGUUUUGAAAAAUGGUACAGAAAUCGAAAAGUAUAAAAAAGGUUAGCUGAAGCAUUAAAAUAAAAUUUUUUCGGACGAUCGACCUUUAAGGAUAAAAAUUAUGCAAAAUAUGAUUUUCUUAAAAUUUACUUUAUUGCUGUUGUGACCUGGACGGAACAAAGAGGUAUACCACAUAGAGAGACUUGUCUUCGAAUACGAUUAUAAUAGAUAUAAAUGCAAAUCUGUAUACCCAAAAGAGAGUACCUCUUU